AUGGUAAUGUUGUGCUAUCGUGAUAGCACCGUCUGCUUUCAGAUCUGCAAGGUCUCCAUGCUAAGAAAAUGUACAGCCUGCGAAUCGCCGAGCUGUGCGGCGUGGAUUCGGACUUCCACAGAGCCGCUGUCUUUGCUGGAGCUCCUUACAGGAGCCGCUGUGCCACCUGCAGCGCCACGCACCGCUUGUGUGUCAGACGAGGCGCUGACCCUUCGCUUCCUAUCUUCGCCGGCAGAAUUCGGUCGGAAGUGGACUUUACUGGAGCCAGACGCCUCCACGAUUCCCGAGGGCCGGCCUUGGCCGAAGCCGGCGCUGUGGGCGCCCGGAGGAGGACGACGCCGGAGGCGUUGCCAGCGAGAAGCGCUUUCCCCGAAUUUGGCCAAGGUCUUUCAGACGCGCCUCUUUCCCUUUGAAAUCGGAAGCUUGCGCAAUGUGCUCUUGGACCAUCUCGAGCGGAUCUUCGACCUCGGACGAGUUUACCACGACUUCUAUGCUGGCACGCUGAAAGAGAAUGGCGGCCCUUUAGAACUUCGGGCCUCUCUGGUGAAAAAGGUCUCCGAGUUCGCCUUCGGCAACGAAGGGGAUCCAGAGGGCUAUGCGUAUCCACAGCCUACCGGAGCUGCACCUGCACUUCCCAAGGGUGCCAUCUCGCCCACGUCUUCGCUAGAGUUGAUCGGUAACUUCUUCUACCAUGCGCACAGUCUGGAGCAGUGCCCUCCGCCACCAACAUGUGCAAAAGACUCUAACCAGGUGCCGCUGGUUCACUACCAUCGCGUCGCACCCCUUCACAUGCGGAAGGCUUUUUGUAACUACUACCACUUCACCACGGUGGCGCUGUCCCGUUUGGUGGCGCUACUACCUCGACUGCAAGCAGAUCCUACGAUCGUGUUACUUAUCCCACAUCCGAACAAGAAAGGCCAGCGAUCCCCGUUCAUCCGCGACAGCCUCCAACUCCUGGGCCUCGAAGAUCAUCGCAUUGUGCAGUUCCCGCCGUGCCGAGUGGUCUUCGCGAGCGAGGUCUUGCUCGCCGGCGCGGGGCCGCGCGCAGCCCUGGCCAGAGACGCGGAGGGCCGAGCCAGGGCAAUCAUGGCCGAUGUUGCGGAUGCCGUGCCAACACGGCGCGUGCGCAAUGCGGUGCUAGCUCGCACCAGGGUCGAUGUUCCUGGCGGCGUGCUGCUCAUCGACCGUCGCGAGCGCCGUGUGAUUUCUAACCUCCAGGAGGUUCGCGGGGCCCUGACAAGGCUACCGAAGGGCACCGAGACACGUCUGAUGUACUGCGAGAACUUGACGUUCGUGGAGCAAGUCUCAGCCUUUGCAGCUGCGGAUGCCGCUGUCGCUGUCAGCGGUGCAUGCCUGGCUAACAGCCUCUACAUGCGGGAAGGGUCCCUUGUGGUGGACUUGGUUCCGGUCAAGAACUACAUGGGCGCUGACGUCGUCAUGCCACUGCAAUGUGGCGUUACCUGGUUCUGGACGCUCACCCAGAAUGUCGGUGUCCGCUACCGCAGCCUGAUGAUGCCCGAGGGCGACCUCGACGCAGAUACCGUGGAAGUGCCCGCAGAUAUGGUUCGUGAGCUGCUGCUGCGCGAGCUGCAGACCCUGCCUCGGGGGCGGCCGGCGAAAGCGGAGGAGACCUGCGGCGUGGACGAGCGCUGUGGGCCAGCCGGUCUCGGCGAAGAGGCUGAGGAACUAUGCCCUGGAAAGCUGGUCGCUGCUUCGCCUGCGCUCUGCAGCGUGCCGGUGGAUAGUAGGCCUGUGGAGAUCCUUCGGGAAGCUUUCCUCAAACGACGGGAGGUGUCCGACUUUUCGGAAAGCAAGGAGGACUUCAUCACCAGCUACCGAAAGCUCUCGCACGAUUGCGAGAUGCUGGCCUAUCUGGAGGAGCUCGGCCACCUGCAGCCACCGCAUUCGCCCCUCUGCCGGGCUCUCCACGCUGCCUCGGCGAAAAGCUAUGCUGGGCGGCCGACGCAGGCCUUCGUCGUCCGCAUUCCUGAGGGUGACCCGCGCCGGGAGCGCUUCCAGCAACUAAGUCGAGCGCUCUACGUCCCAGCGGCGGCGAGGAUGCCAGGCCCGGCGGUGGCUCCACACCUCAAGGGCCAUAGCCAGGCUCUCCUCGACGAGGUGCUAUCCCCAGAGGCGCUAGAAGCGCUGUCCCGGCAGCUGCAAGAGUCCAGCAUGUACUUCCACCGGGAAGAAACCGGGACCUACUUGGUUGCUCUGUGGGAGGACGGUCUCGCAUCGCCACUUCUUUGGCAGAUUGCUAUGGAGCUCAUUGAGGCCCUGCCGGCACUGGCAGACCACUUCCUCUGUGAGACUAAGGCCUACAAGGCCCUCAGCGGCGGUUCUACCUCCCCAGGAUUGGCGGCAAAGGGUGCCGACGCCUUUAAGGGCACCUUAAAGUCCAACCAACACUUGACCCGACAUCCGGACCCAGAUUACGCCUCCAACCGCGCGGUGCUCUGGCGCGACGACUGCGCCGAGACGGUCCACGAAGUCGAACAGCAGUGGGCACAGUCCGAUGUGGAAACACUGAAAGAUAUGAAAUCGAAUUUGAGAGCUGUAGUAGCUUUUCAUGGCUUUGGUCACUUCCUUGCGAGCCGCGGUACCAUCUUUGCCGACGUCCAAAGUGGCCACCGCUUCUUUGAAUGCUUUCCCUGCGGGCUCAUUCAGGAUGGCGGCUAG